CCGGACUUUGCUGCAGAAAGGGCACGUCUUGUACUGGUAGAGCGUGAGCUGCAGGCGGCCGGACAGGGAGAGCUGGGCAGAGGGCAGAAGGAGCGGGCCGGUGAGCUGUCCUGGCACCAUGUCUCUCGGGAUCCUGUGGCUGGGCCUCAUCCUGCUGGGGGCCCUACACACCCAGGCCCAGGAACUCACCACGGACCCUACCCCAUCUCCGCGCCUGAUCCCUGUCCCGUCUCUGCGCAAGAUCCACGUGCAGAAAAACUUCCAGAGUGACCAGUUCCAGGGCAAGUGGUACGUUGUAGGCCUGGCGGGCAAUAAUAUCCACAACAGUGACCAAGAACAUCAGAUGUAUAGCACCACCUAUGAACUGAAGGAGGACGGCAGCUACAACGUCACCUCCACCCUGCUCAGGAACCAGCAGUGUGACCACUGGAUCAGAACUUUCGUCCCAGGUUCCAAGCUUGGCCACUUCAACCUGGGCAACAUUAAGAGUUACCCUACCCUUAAGAGCUAUUUGAUACGCGUGGUGACCACAGACUACAACCAAUUUGCCAUCGUGUUCUUCCGAAAGGUGUACAAAAAUAAUAAGAAGUUCUUCAAGAUUGUCCUCUACGGGAGGACCAAGGAGCUGAGCCCUGAACUCAGGGGGCGUUUCACCAGCUUCGCCAAGACCCUGGGCCUCACCGACAACCACAUUGUCUUCCCUGCUCCCAUCGGCCAGUGCAUUGAUGAUUGAGUCGGCAGUGCUUGCGAUGCUCUGCCUCACCCCCAUAUCAUUGGCCUCUACAUGAGGGCAAUUGCCCCCUUCCCUCCCCGCUGUUCCAACAAGGAGAG